GCACCCGCCAAGCGGUUCAAACGCAAACAACGCGAGACUUCCUCGAGAAGCGGACGCGCCCGCCGGGCCGGCCUGCCCGCGGGGGUCCUAGUGCUCUGCACUGCGCAGGCGCGUCACGCCGCGUCUCGCGGUUUCUGGGAGAGGGCGGGUUGCCACGGUGCUUCUGUCUCAACUGCGUCGCGGCAAUGCCUGUCGUUUCAGGCCCGCACUGUGUGCACCCAGAGUCAGGAGAGCGCUUGUGGGAGCGAUCCGGUUCAGCACGUGGAAAUAUGGCAUUUGGUGAGCUGUGCCAUCACUUCGGAUAAAGAAAAUAUAACCGUGGCCACAGAGCUCUCCUUGAGUCAGUAUAAGCAGUUAAGAGAUGUAACUGAACUGCAGAUCCUUGGUGAAAUAUCUUUCAACAAAUCUCUGUACGAGGGGCUGAAUGCAGAGAACCACCAAACAAAGAUCACUGUCAUCUUCCUGAAAGAUAAGGAGUAUUCUUUGCUUCUCAUCAUGGCAAGCAGUGUUGGCGGCCUCCUGGUUUUGAUUUUGAUUGUAGUCUUCCUGUUCAAGUGUGGCUUUUUUAAAAGAAAAUACCAACAACUGAACUUAGAGAGCUUAAGGAAGGCCCAGCUGAAAUCAGAGAAUCUUCUGGUAGAAGAAAAUUAGGACCAGCUUCCUCAUGUUGGGAGAGAAUAUCAACCAGUCCUCGAACUUCCCGAGAACAGACUGCUGUUUUCUGUAGGACGCUCCAGAGCAGAAGCUAACAUUGUUUGUGGAAUGUUUUUUAACCAUAUGUUGUCCCAAACGUGUCUGUGCAUUGUACAAAAAAUAAACUUGGAAACAUUUGGUGUUAAAUAAAGCUGAACUGUUUUGUUUUCAGAA